CGAAGCUCUUCGCAUGGUUUUUCUAUCUCCAUUUCCCCUGUAUGGAGCUUUGGAAUCUGGGUCGCUCUUCCGAACGCAGUCAGCAAUGUUCACAAGUGACAAGCAAGCACACAAGCGUUAAACUUCCUUAUUACAGCUGUGAGGAUGUGUGGUCACACUUCACACAACACACAGGAAGAGUUGAUACAUAGGGGGAACCACAAGUAUGGAACCUCUGACUCCAUGGUUCAUGAGUAUUUCACACUCCCUGGUGAAGGCCUUCCUACAUUAAACAUUCCUUGCUAGACAUUGAUUGUGUUCUGGUGUGUGAAGUAAGUAUAAUGUAACCAUGGCCAGGACAUGCUGUGUGCUGUGUGCGGUGCUCUUUGGGAUUCAAGUCAUACAAGUGUGGGCUGUCAGUCCAUGUGAGGAUACACCUAACUGGGUGGGAUAUUGUAGAGGCAGCACAGACUGCAGCUACCCAGUCAGUGUAUCAAGCCAAGCAUACAGCCACUGUAAGAAGACCUGCAAGAUCUGCGAAUCAGACACAGCGUGUGCUGAUGGCUACUAUGGUGCAGACUGUAAGCCCUGUGUAUCUCGCUGUAACAGCAGCGGCCAGUGUGAGGACAAGGGGUCCAGUGAGUGUCCACAGACAUGUCCAGAUGGUUACUACAGCUUCAACUGUAAUAGGAGAUGUCCUAGCAACAUCUGUGCUGCAUGUAAUCGGUGGUCUGGAGAGUGUGAGGCAUGUAAAGAUGGAAGCUAUGGCAGGAAAUGCCUCCAAAGAUGCUCAGAACAUUGUAUGGACAAAACUUGUGACAUAGAUAGCGGAGAAUGUCUUGAUGGGUGUGAACCUAUGUGGGUGGGUGAGAAAUGUGAUGUUAAAGAAGUAAUCUGUGAGAACUGCAAUCUUCAUAGCUGUACAGAUGACAUGACAUGUCUAUCUGGUUGUAAGAAUACAUGGUAUGGCCCCAAGUGUGACCAACAGUGCAAAAAUUGUAAAAAGAAAAAUUGUACCAGUUCUGGUGUCUGUCAAGCUGGAUGUAUAGCUGGCUUCUAUGGGAACACAUGUACUGAAAGCUGUAGUGAGUUUUGUGACAAGAAACGAUGUAAUCAGACUGGCUACUGUAACAACUGUGUGUCAGGAAGACACGGAGAAGACUGCACCAGGAUCUGCAGCACCAACUGUGAGGGCCCCUGCUACAGAAAUACUGGGAAAUGUAAAGACUGUUCAGUUGGAUGGUAUGGACGGUUUUGUACAAAAUCCUGCGACAACUGUCUGAAUGGAUGUGAGAGAAAAGGGAAAUGUAAAGAUGGUUGCAAGUUAGGCUGGUAUGGGGGAAAGUGUACUACACCUUGCUCCAACUGUUUUAAUGGUUCCUGUGAACAGUCCUCAGGACAUUGCGAAAGGGGAUGCAGUCCAGGAUAUCAUGGUAUUAAGUGUGACCAGCUCUGUGGUCAGCAUUGCAAGGACAGCGUGUGUGAUCAGACAUCUGGACUUUGCAUUGAGUGCAAGGACACAUGGUAUGGGGCUAACUGCACCAAGGAAUGUAGUUCCUCCUGCAGCAAUAGUCAUUGUGUGACAGACUCAACUGGAUCUCCUGAAUGUACCCAUGGAUGUGUUGAUGGCAAGAAGGGAUCUUACUGUCAGAAGCAAUGCCCAGAUCAAUGCUAUAACUGCACAGAUGAUAAUUGUAUGGUAUGCAAGGACGGUUUUCAUGGAGAUGAUUGCAGAGAGACCUGUCCAGCCAACUGUGAACAUGGCUGUCAGAAGGACACAGGAUUGUGUACAUCAUGUAAGGUUGGCUUUUUUGGCACUCAGUGUCAGUCGUCCUGUAUUUUCAGAUGCAAAGCAUCUGACUCAGGGGAUCAGUUCUGUAGCUUCAGUGAUGGAGCUUGCCUCAAUGGCUGUAUUGACACAGUAUAUGGGACUCGUUGUGAUCAGAAUUGUAGUGACACCUGCAGAGAUCAGACAUGUAAUGACAAAGAUGGUACCUGUACAAGCGGAUGUAUGGAGGGCUGGAAAGGUCCCAAGUGCAAAACCACAUGUCCAUCCAACUGCAAGUCAUGUACCGACAUCUCCUGCACUGAGUGUAAUCCAAGCUGGUUUGGUGACAACUGUCGGAGAGAAUGUCCAAAUUGUGCUGAGGGGAACUGCAUUCGACGAUCAGGUGUUUGCCAAGAAGGAUGUCUACCAGGGUUUCAUGGUAAAAAGUGUGACCUCAAGUGUGCCACAUAUUGUAAAAUGCGUGAAGGUACGUACAAUUUUGUUUAUUGUGACCAGAAUACUGGUCGAUGUCUCGACGGCUGCACAGAUGGACAUUAUGGUGACCUGUGUAACAGAAACUGCAGUAAAACGUGUCAUGCGCAUGUCUGUGAGCAGAACUCCGGAAAGUGUAACAAUGGCUGCCAAAGCGGUAGACAUGGGGACUUCUGUGACCGGAAGUGUAGUGUACGUUGUGGGAGAUCCACUGACAGACAGUGCAUCCAGGCUGAUGGUUCCUGUAAUUUAGGCUGUCUGAAAGGCUGGUAUGGAUCCCACUGUGACAAGAACUGCUCAGAUGGAUGUUAUGAAGGAGCCUGUAGACAGAGCUCAGGACUGUGUGUGCAAGGUUGUGAGAAGGGCAUCAUGGGAGACACAUGUGACACUGCAUGUCCUUAUGGUCGCUAUGGCUACAACUGCAGUGGAACAUGUGGUUACUGUAGAAGCAAUGCUACCUGUGACAGUAUCCACGGCAACUGUUCUAUGGGAUGUGCAGAUGGUUAUGGAGGCUUCUUCUGCUCUGACAGAAUGAUAAUCGCACCAUCGCCUGGUCCUAAAAGUGCAGGACCAAUUUCCUUUACCAUGAUCCUAGCUGUGGUGGCCAUCUUGCUGAUAGUGGUCCUCCUGGUUGUAGGUUUCCUAGUCUACAAAAGAAAAAUUACAAGGGGAGUGAGACGUUUUUCCAUAUCUACCAAGAGGGAUGAAGACGAAUACGAGAUGAUAUCUGUGUAUCCUAGUGUGGAUACCAUUUCAGAUCUCAAUGAAGUCCCUCCCAGACUACCUACAUGCGGAGUACAUGAAAGAACAGAAAACCAAAGUGGAAACAGGCCUCAAGUCGGAGAGAAGAAAAUGGACGAUGACAGUGCCUACUGCAACGUACCCUUGGUUACCAGAGUGAUGACAAAUACACUCCAGUACCAUGUCAAGCAGCUUAGAAAGCAUGGCGGUUUUCAGAAACAGUUCGAUAAAUUGCCGUCGGGUUUACUACAUAAUUACAAUGCUGCUAUGAAGAAUGGAAACAGGCAAAAGAACAUUUACAAAGAAGUGUAUGCCUAUGACAACACACGUGUGAUUCUUGAGCUCAGCGAAGACAACUCUUCUUCAGAUUACAUCAAUGCUAAUUUUAUCAGUGGUGUCGACGAUCCAAACAAGUUUGUUGCAGCUCAAGGUCCUAUUGAUAAAACCAUCUGUGAUUUCUGGUUGAUGAUUUUCCAACUUCGUACGAGCAAAAUUGUUAUGCUGACCGGCACAGAAGAAGAAGGACGAGGGAAGUGUGUGAGGUACUGGCCACUGCAUGGUUCAGGGCCAGAUCGCCAUGGCAAUUUGGAGAUUGAGUGUUCCACAGAAGAGACCCUGGUACAUUGCACAGUCAGGACAUUCAAGAUGUGGAAAAUACUUCCGUGUGGGUCAAAAGGCUCGAGAACUAGGAUAGCUCAACACUUCCAAUUCGUCAACUGGCCCGACAGAGGGAUGCCUCCCGAUGUGGCUUCUCUGGUGGAGUUCUACUUCAAAGUGAAGAACACACCUACACACGGACAGGGACCCAUGGUUGUGCAUUGCAGUGAUGGUGUUGGACGAACUGGAACCUUCCUAGCUCUGUGUUACCUGAUAGACGAGGCCAAGUCAUCAGACACGGUGGAUCCCUUCAGCUGCGUCAAGGGGAUGAGGCAUGAGAGAGUCAACAUGGUGCGGACACUGGAACAGUACGAGUUCCUCCACAAUGCCCUGAUUGAGGCCCUGAUGGCUGGGGGAACAACCGUCUCCAAAUCAGACUUCAAGACCUGCUAUGACAAUCUCCUACAGAGCAAUCCAGAAACAGGCAUCUCCAGGCUUAGAGAACAGUUUGAGACCCUCCAGUUGAUGAAGCGUCCCUAUAGACUGAAAGAGUACCGAACUGCUAUGCUGCCAGAAAACAUCUCCAAGAACAGGUUCAAGGACAUUCUAGCAUCUGACAGUCAUCGACCAGUCCUGUCGAGCAGUACACUGGAGAGGACGGAUUAUAUCAACGCCGUCUAUCUGCCGGGUUGCAGGACCACGACGGCCUUCCUGCUGACACAGGUGCCGAUGCCAGACACAGUGGUGGACUUCUGGAGGAUGGUGAUUCAGACGGACUCACAGACCAUUGUCAUGCUCAACGACGACCACGAUGAUGCAACGACUGUCGGCUACUACUGGCCACAGAGCUCUAGACAGGAGGUAUUCGGGACACACCUUGUGGAGGUGGAGGAGACGGAGAACUACGAGUGCUACUCAAUCACCACGCUAUCAGUCCGCGAGACUGAAGACGACACAGAGACCCUUCCCCCGAGAACCAUCAAGUUGUUCCGGUGCCACUACUGGCCCCAAGGGCAGACAACUCCCGAGUCUUCCUUACCCUUGCUGGCUAUGAUAGAGGCAGUGGAAGUGUGGCGUGAAGUAACAGACUUUAAGCCAGUCACCGUCCAUUGUUGGGAUGGCGUUGGUAGAUCUGGUCUGUUCUGUGUUCUGUCGACCAUCUUGGAAAGACUUAAGAUUGAGCUUGACAUCAGCAUUCUGCAGACCAUCAACCAGAUGAGACUUUGUAGACCUCAGCUCAUACAGAACUUCGAACACUUCCAGUUCUGCUACAAGGCAACACAGGACUAUCUGGACACUUUCUCAGUAUACUCAAGUUUGAUAGACUGAGUAGCGCAGGGCUAUCUCCACACUUUCUCAGUAUACUCAAGUUUGAUAGACUGAGUAGCACAGGGCUAUCUCGACACUUUCUCAGUAUACACAAAUUUGAUAGACUGAGUAGCACAGGGCUAUCUCGACACUUUCUCAGUAUACACAAAUUUGAUAGACUGAGUAGCACAGGGCUAUCUCGACACUUUCUCAGUAUACACAAGUUUGAUAGACUGAGUAGCACAGGACUAUCUCGACACUUUCUCAGUAAACUCAAGUUUGAUAGACUGAGUAGCACAGGGCUAUCUCGACACUUUCCCAGUAUACUCAAGUUUGAUAGACUGAUUAUCACAGGACUAUCUCGACACUUUCUCAGUAUAAUCAAGUUUGAUAGACUGAGUAGCACAGGACUAUCUCGCCACUUUCUCAGUAUACACAAGUUUGAUAGACUGAGUAGCACAGGGCUAUCUCGACACUUUCUCAGUAUACACAAGUUUGAUAGACUGAGUAGCACAGGGCUAUCUCGACACUUUCUCAGUAUACUCAAGUUUGAUAGACUGAGUAGCACAGGGCUAUCUGGACACUUUCUCAGCAUACACAAGUUUGAUAGACUGAGUAGCACAGGGCUAUCUCGACACUUUCUCAGUAUACACAAGUCAGAUAGACUGAAUAUCACAUGGCUAUCUGGACACUCGUCAGUAAAAACAAAUGUUGACAGACUGAUGAAAUAAGGCGUGUUGAAGGCUGCUUUUAGCAGUAUCUCUGUUACACCAGGUUGGCGUGUAAGUAUUAAUAUGUCUUAAAAUGUAGUAAACAUGUGCAUACAAACUCUGUAUCAGGCAUGUAGAUUGAAAGAGAUAGAAGAAUCGAUAGAUACAUGUUGUAAAUAUAUGUGAAUGUGUGUGUGUGUGUCUGUGUGUGUGUGUGUGUGUCUGUGUGUGUGUGUGUGUGUGUGUGCGCGCGCGUGUGUGUGUGUCAACUGUGACAUUACUGUGUAUAGAUUUACCUUCACAAUCCUUAAAUAACUGUACAAACCUCUUAGCUGCAUGUUUACAUGUUAUAUAUCGCUUCUGAGUUUCUAAUCUAUCAGACGUUUUCAACAAAUCGUUAUUGUUUAUUGUUUUAUAAGUAGCUUGAAUGUCCAUGAAGCAAAAUAGUGGUGGAUGGAAAUGUAUUCGCAUUUAAAAUAAUUUUGUGGUAAUGUAUAUAUAUUCAUAUAAUGUAUAAAGAUGUGGGACUUGUGUUGAUGAUUAUUAUUAUAAGACACAGUUUCAGUCUCGUUCUGUUUUGUUUGAUUUGGAUACUUUCUUAUCACAUUUCCCGUUGAGGAGGAAGACAAGUGUAUUAAAGAAUCAUUUUUAAAAUCUCAA